AUACAGAGAGUGCGCGCGUGUGUGUGUGUGUGGCAGAGAGAUAGUGGGGAACGAACGGAGGGCCCUUGGUGCUUUGAGACUUUUGUUUUUGUAGAUUUUUUUCGUGUCUCUCCCGGCUUGUUCCCCGGCUCGGCAUGAACGCAACGGCACCGCGAGGCACGACGGCGCCUCGUGGCGACACGAAGAUCGGCAGCUCCGUGCGCGGUCGCGCCUGAGAUUGUCAGAAAGACCAUGUAAGCUCCCGCGGUAGAGAACACUCCUCUACCUUACCCACCUACCCUGCUACCCCCCCCACACACACACUCACACUCGAUGUCAAAUAGCCGGCAAAUGUCGAAGAAACGAAGAGCGGGCGAAGAUGGAUUACAACAUUCAUCUUCAUCAUCAUCACCGUCGUCGUCAUCAUCGUCGUCGUCGUCGGCAUCGUCUUCAUCUCCGUCGUCGUCUUCGUCAUCGUCCUCGCUCAAGACGAAGGACAGCAUUGAGCAUGGCGAAGGCCUUACGGACGAAAAGGUAAAGACUUACCUGUCGCUCAACCGGCACGUGCUGGAUGAGUACGUGGCGGAAAGCGUCAGCGUGGAGACCCUGGAACGGUGGAUCCGCAGGAAAAACAAAAAAUGCGAAGACAAUGCGAGCGUUCGUGAGGUCACACGGUACCAGGACACGAACGUUCAGGCGGUCGUGUACGAGCUCAACAGCCACAUCGAGCAGAGGCUGGACAUGGGCGGCGACAGCAAACUUCUGCUGCACGAACUCUGCUACAUCAUCCACAACGCAACGAACGCCGAUGGAUUUUCCCUCUACUUCCUGGGCGAAUGCAACAACAGCUUGUGCCUCUUCACGCCGACCGGAGCCAAAGAGGGUCAGCAGAGGCUGAUCCCGGCUGGGCCCGUGGGUUUUGGCGCCACCGUGUCGGCCUAUGUCGCCAAGGUGCGACAGACGGUGCUGGUGGAAGACAUCCUAGGGGAUGAGCGGUUCCCCCAGGGCGUGGGGCUGGACCCGGGCGCGCAGGUGCGCUCCGUGCUCUGCCUGCCGCUCAUCACCGCCAACGGGGAUCUGCUCGGAGUCCUCGAGCUACAGCGGCGCUGGGGAAAGGAGCCCUUCACAAUCCGGCACCAGGAGGUGGCCACCGCCUUGCUGGCGUGGGCGUCUGUGGCUAUCCACCAGGUGCAGGUGAGUCAUGGGCUGGCCAAGCAGACGGAGCUCAACGACUUCCUCCUGGACGUUUCAAAAACGUACUUUGACAACAUCGUCGCCAUCGAUUCUCUUCUGGAGCACAUCAUGAUCUACGCCAAGAAUCUGGUCAACGCGGACCGCUGCGCUCUCUUCCAAGUCGACCACAAGAACAACGAGCUCUACUCCGACCUGUUUGACAUCGGGGAGGAGAAGGAAGGCCAGCCUGUCUUCAGGAAAACAAAGGAGAUCAGGUUUUCCAUCGAGAAGGGCAUCGCUGGGCAGGUGGCCAAGACGGGGAUGGUGCUGAACAUUCCCGACGCCUACGCAGACCCGCGCUUCAACCGGCAAGUGGACCUGUACACGGGCUACACGACGCGUAACAUCCUGUGCAUGCCCAUCGUGAGCCGCGGCAGCGUCAUCGGCGUGGUGCAGAUGGUCAACAAGCUGUCGGGCAGCGCCUUCACCAAGACGGACGAGAACAACUUCAAGAUGUUCGCCGUCUUCUGCGCCCUUGCGCUGCACUGCGCCAACAUGUACCACCGGAUCCGGCACUCGGAGUGCAUCUUCCGGGUUACGCUGGAGAAGCUGUCGUACCACAGCGUGUGCACUGCGGAAGAGUCGCAGAGCCUCAUGCAGUGCACGUUGCCCACGCCCAUCGCCAAGGAGAUAGAGCUGUACCACUUUGACAUUGGGCCCUUCGAGGACCUGUGGCCUGCCUUCUUUCUGCACAUGGUGCACAACUGCUGUGGCCAGAGCAGCUUCGAGCUGGAGAAGCUGUGCCGAUUCACCAUGUCUGUGCGCAAGAACUACCGCCGCGUGCCGUACCACAACUGGAAGCACGCGGUGACGGUGGCGCAUUGCAUGUACGUGCUGCUGCAGCGCAACCAGGGCAUCUUCUCCGAGAUUGAGUGCAAGGGCUUGAUGGUGGCGUGUCUGUGUCACGACCUGGACCACCGGGGCUACACGAACACCUACUUCCAGAAGUUUGAGACGCCCCUCUCUGCGCUGUACUCCACGUCCACCAUGGAGCAGCAUCACUUUGCCCAGACCCUCUCCAUCCUGCAGCUGGAGGGGCACAGCGUCUUUGAGAACCUGGACUCGGCCGAGUACGAGGAGGUGCUGGAGAUAAUUCGCAAGGCCAUCAUCGCCACGGACCUCGCGCUCUACUUUGGCAAUCGCAAGCAGCUGGAGGAGAUCCUGCAGGGAGAGCAGCUGCAGAUCAAGAACCAGGCCCAUCGGGACCGUUUGAUUGGCCUCAUGAUGACGGCGUGUGACCUCUGCUCCGUGACCAAGCUGUGGCCGGUGACCAGAGCCACCGCCAACGACAUCUACGCGGAGUUCUGGGCGGAGGGAGACGAGAUGAAGAAGAAUGGAAUCCAGCCGAUAGCCAUGAUGGACCGAGACAAGAAGGACGAAAUCCCUCAGGGUCAGGUGGGCUUCUAUAAUGCGGUGGCCAUCCCGUGCUACACCACCCUGGUCGAGAUUCUCCCCACAGCCAACCCCCUCCUGCAGGGAGUCAGGGAGAACCUGGCCCAGUGGGAGAAGUUGGUCCGAGGUGAGGACACCUCGGUGUGGAUUCAGUCGCAGUCCCUCCCCAACGAUGACACCAUUCCCGUCGAGAUCGACAACUGAGAGAGCGAGAGACGUUGAAAAGGAAACAAAUAUACGAAUCGGAAAGGAAUGACGACGGAAGAAGAGCGGGAAUGGCGAGAAAAGAGCCCGCUCGUUGCACGUGGGGCCUUUUCCCGCGCGGCAGGGGGCAGCGCGGGCGGCGUGGCAGGGACGACGCAAGGACGGCGCUGUGGGUGGGGGAUGGUCGCGGCGGGUCUCCUGGUUCGACGCGCGCGGCGCACCGUCUGCAUCGUUGGGGACGUCACGCAAGCGCGCGCUUACGUGAGCCGCGUGCAGGGAGACUGAGAACGUGCGAACGGCCAACUUUGGUCCUCAAAACGGGUUGCCUUAACAAGAAAGCGCAGAAAUAAAAAAAUGUCGCGCUUCGAAAACUACUACUACAACAACAACAUCGACAAAAGACACCAAACGAUUUUUUAAAAAGUAUUUUGUUACGUUUUAUGAAAUACAGCGAUGCUGUUAGCUGCCUGCUAAUGUCGGGUUCAAGAUAAACCGGAGCAAAAAAAAAAGAAAAUAUAUAUUUUUGUUUUGUUUGCCAAAACAAAAUCGCACCACAGCGAGACGAUGACUGCGGUUGUCGGCCGUUCCUUCGCGCCGUUUUGUUCACCAUGGACCUCUCCCCAUCGCUCCCCCGGCUCCAGCCUCACCUGCGCCGGGCUCGCUGCUGCCCGGCCAUGCCGCUCACUCCAGCGUGCCUGCCAGCCAUGUGCAUCGCUCGUCGGCACGUCACGUGAUCAAAACCGGCCAAUGGAGAGACCGCCAGAAGGCCAAUGCCGUUGGAGAGUGUCAUCGAUGAAUGAUUCAGUUUAGUCGAUGAGCCAAAAAGGAAACGUGGUCGUUCCUCUGGUUUUGACUCGUGCAGACGGUUAGCACGAUUGGCUACGUACGGUGCGAGAGAAGUAAAACAUACAUACGCACGAUGGUCUACACUUGCUGUGGUAAGUUCAGCGACUGCGCAGGAAUGGGGCGGCCUUAUGCGACAAGGCACGCUCGGUGGUUUGGGGUUUGGACGUGGGGACUGACAGUCCAGACAAGAAGAAACAAGGCCUCUUCUGAAGGGGCCUCUGUCCCAAAGGUCUCCAUGUCAACUUUCCACCAAUCUCGCAUUCGCGAGCUCUGAAAUGAAAAUAAAAAACAAAAGACUGAAAUGAACGAAAAGACUUUGAACAGAGGAGCAUUUUUUGCACUACAUCUUAAUGGCUUGCCUGCAAUUUUAGUAAGGAAUAAGUUAACCCUCAAGAGUUUCAGCCUCAUUGUAAGAGACUUGAGACUGGAGCGAAAGGCCCGGCUCAUUGGAACUCUGUGAAGACGAUGUGUGAAACUGUUGCAUCGGACAAAAAAAACUAAAGAUUUAACCAUUGGAUGCAAAGUGGCGGGCACGAGUAAUUUUUGCAAGACGCCUUACCGGGGGGGGGGGGGGGGGCGG